CUCAGAGGAGAAUUUUUUUACUGCAUUCUGCCCUUGUUUAGGCUGAAAGUGAAGAAACCAAGGAGCGUCUGUUUGAAUCCAUGCUCAGUGAGUGUCGGGACGCCAUCCAGGCCGUGCGGGAAGAGCUCAAGCCCGAUCAGAAACAGAGAGAUUAUACCCUUGAAGGGGAGUCGGGGAAGGUCUCUAAUCUUCAAUACCUGCAUAGCUACCUGACUUACAUCAAGUUGUCGACGGCUGUCAGGCGGAAUGAGAACAUGGCCAAGGGGCUGCAGAAGGUGCUGCAGCAGCAGCCGGAAGAUGACAGCAAGCGCUCCCCGCGGCCCCAGGACCUCAUCCGGCUCUAUGACAUCAUUCUGCAGAAUCUGGUGGAAUUGCUCCAGCUUCCUGGGUUAGAGGAGGACCGAGCCUUCCAGAAAGAGAUAGGCCUCAAGACGCUGGUGUUUAAGGCUUAUAGGUGUUUUUUCAUUGCUCAGUCCUAUGUGUUGGUGAAGAAGUGGAGCGAAGCCCUUGUCCUGUAUGACCGAGUCCUGAAGUACGCAAACGAAGUAAAUUCUGACGCCAGGGCCUUCAGGAACAGCUUAAAGGACCUGCCCGACGUGCAAGAGCUCAUCACGCAAGUGAGGUCAGAGAAGUGUUCUCUGCAGGCAGCAGCCAUCCUUGAUGCAAGUGACUCCCACCAAACGGAGACUUCCUCCCAAGUCAAGGACAACAAGCCUCUGGUCGAACGGUUUGAGACAUUCUGCCUGGACCCCUCCCUCGUCACCAAGCAAGCCAACCUCGUGCACUUCCCGCCGGGAUUCCAGCCCAUCCCUUGCAAGCCUUUGUUCUUUGACCUGGCCCUCAACCAUGUGGCUUUCCCACCUCUUGAGGACAAGUUGGAGCAGAAGACCAAGAGUGGCCUCACUGGGUACAUCAAGGGCAUCUUUGGAUUCAGGAGCUAACCAGGCUCUUCUUGGGGGCAAGGGGAGAUUCUCACUCUUCAUCUGUGUUGUGAGAAAACCCCAGCAAGUUCCAUGAUAUUAAAUCCAGGUCUGCAUUGGCCCCGGGCAGGAGUGUAACGUCCUCAGCCCUGCGUCCCUAUGUCUUGUGUGUUUGUGCACUUGCCGUUCUUAACCGGUGUGCUAGAAGGGGGACCCUGCCGUCUUCUGGUGGAUGUGUGCGGGAUCCCUCUGUCCGCACCUCCUGGGGGAAGGGCUGCUGCCGUCUGGCCCCGUGGCCUGUGGGAGCCGUGCUCGGGUGGGUCCACGCCAGGCAUGGAUGGGAGCUCGGAACUUUCUGUCGUGUUUCUUCGGUACCGCGGAUUUGCAGUGGACUCCUCCUCGCCGUGAGCACCGAGUCCCGUGAAGAGUCUGUGGCCAGGGACUGCUGGCAACGCCGCCCCACAGCUACGGUCGGCCUUACGCCCUGUCACCUCCAGGUGGGAGUGAAGUUUCAGAACAAGCAAAGAGCUCUAUUUUUAGAAGAAAUGUGUUACACUCAGAAAUGAUGAAAACAAAUCUUAUAUUAAAAAGGCAGAGAUGCUGGA